AUGUCCCUCCGGGGCCCAUCAGCCCCGCUCUGGCUGCGGGCGGCCGAGCUGCUGGUGCUGCUGCAGCUGUGCGCGCACGGCCGCGCCGCCCCGCCGCCCCGCAGCUGCCCCGCCGCAUGCAUCUGCACGUCCGACCUGCUGAGCUGCAGCCGGCAGACGCUGCAGCGAGUGCCCCGGGCGCUGCCGCCCACCGCCACCACGCUGGACCUCAGCCACAACGCCCUCACCCAGCUCCACGACCGCUGGCUGGCCGCCCUCCCGCACCUCGAGGCCCUCCACGUCAGCCACAACCAGAUCAGGGACCUCUCUCCGCAGGCUUUCCACAACGCCUCCUACCUGCGGCACCUCGACCUGUCCUCCAACCACCUGCGAGCCGUGGAGACGCACUACUUCGAGGCGCUGGUGAGCCUGGAGGAGCUGCUGCUCUACAACAACCGCAUCACGCGGGUGGCCGAGAACGCCUUCGCCAAGCUGAGCGGCCUGCGCAAAGUCUACCUGAGCUGGAACAACCUGACCACCUUCCCCUUCCACUCGGUGCAGGGGCUGGGCAACUACAGCCUCCGCACCCUGGACCUCUCCUCCAACAGCCUGAGCAGCGUCCCGGUGGAGGAGCUGGCGGCUCUGCCCGAAAACAUCAGGAACGGCCUGUACCUGCACAACAACCCCAUCAGGUGCAGCUGCCCGCUCUACCUGAUGCUGCAGCGCUGGAAGCAGCGAGGUUUCAGCUCCGUGAAGGAUUUCUUUGAGGAGCACACCUGCAAGGUGUCCGACAGCGUGCCCAGAUCCCUCAUCAAGUUCCUCAAAUACAGCCACAUGUUUGAGAACUGCUCGUCGGGCCCCGAAGAUGUGCACCCCGUGCCCUUCCCCGUCAUGGUGGGCCAGACCCUGCUGCUGGCCUGCAACGCCAGCCCCCCGGCCUUGGCCACCACCUACAUGUGGAUCACCCCCCACCACGAGCCCGUCAAGCACCCGGGGAACAGCAACCGCUCCGUGGAGGUCUCCCGCGACGGCAGCCUGAAGAUCGCGGCGGCCAAGCCCUGGCACUCGGGGGUCUACGUGGGCUUGGCCAUCAGCAGCCCCCGCAACUUCAGCAGGCUGUGCGAAGUCAACGUGACGGUGCAGUACCCCAAGCCAGACGGGGAGACCUUCAGCACCGGCCUCACCACCCUGCUGGGCUGCAUCGUGAGCCUGCUGCUCGUGCUCAUCUACUUGUACCUCACGCCCUGCCGCUGCCUGAGCUGCUGCAGGAGGCCGGCUCCCCCCAGCCCUCCGCAGGAGUGCAGCGCCCAGUCGUCCAUCCUCAGCGCCACCCCCCCCGCCACCGACGGGCCGAACCGCAAGGUCAGCGCCAACAAGCACGUGGCUUUCCUCGAGCCCGUCAGGGAGCCGCACAACGGCAAGAUCCGCCUGGCCCUGGCCGAGGACUUCCCCGACCCCAAACACCCCAAAGUCCUGCAGCUCAAGUCGGACUCGGAGUCCAUCAGUUCCGUCUUUUCGGACACCCCCAUCGUGUCGUAGCGGGGCAGAGCCGGGAGCGGAGCCGGGGCUGCCCGGGAGCCUCUCUGCUCCAUCGCUGCCAGAAGCAGCGCUCCCGGGCACCCCCCAGUUCCCCUGCGACACACGAGGGUGAUCGGCGUCACCCACAGCUGCUUCAGCCACGAGCUCCUGGGGGGGUUUGGACCGAGGGGCACACGGGUGCCUGGCAAGAACCCCUUGCAUCAACCACUGGCAACGGCCUUGUGAGCACAAGGGUAAUGCUGACGAGCAGAGCACACCUGAGAAAGCCCCCACUCCACUGGGGCAGCUGAACUGAAUGAGGACCCUGAGGACGCUGCUCUGACACAUCCCUGGGCACGCGAGACCCAGCACCACCACCACGGACCCCCGAGCCA